CAGAGGAAACCAUUUGACUGCUCACGCCAUGCGGAUCGAAUAGAACUUUGAAUAAUCGAAAAAGGCUUCUGAAAACGCCCAACGAUUUCCAAACCAACAACUUCGUAUUGCUUCCUUUCGAAGUGUAAUGGAGGAUGACUGCAGUUUGCCAGGCGGCCCUGACUUUGGCUUACUAUGUACAGAAAACAGAGAAUUCCUUUACAACGGUGAUGGCAUCACAACACCAGCAAGUCUUACUACUUCAGAUUCUAUGCAGGCUUUUGAAGAGGACGACGAAAGCAAUAUGGCGACCUCAUUCGGAGGAAGCAGUCUUGCCGAGUCCGUCUCUUCUAAAGUGAGCUGUAGUUCAGUUCUCUCUGACGGCGAGAAACGCAAAAAAGUAAGAAAGCGAGACUCAAAACGGGAUAGAGAAAGAAGUGCAGCCGAGCAAGGCGCUUACAAAAAGCUCCGAGAAGUUGUACCAACACUAAACGCGAUAAAAAAGCCAACCAAACUACAAACAAUUCGACAUACUCUAAAGUUCAUCGAGUGCCUGCAAGAUAAGUUAAAUGAUUUAGAGGGGGAGAAACUCGGCGAAGGGGAUAGUACCGAGACCAACACAAACGAAAAUGGAAAAAAUAAAUAAAUUCCGAACUAUGUGGUUGAUAACCAUGUACGAGUAUAUAAACAAGAUACUAGAUGGAGUGGUAGAAUCUAUUAUUAUUAUCAAAUAAUAAUAAUAAUAAUAACUUAGGAUAAAGCUUUUGUACAAUUGUUGUGCAGCUUUGUAUAUCAAAAGUGUCU